GAUAGGAGAGGACAAAGACAAAGAAAGUAAAGGUGGUACAAGCAUAGAUGUGUGUUUGUUUUACCUACAUUGUGGGGACAUAAAUAUGAUUACACAGUCACAUUGUGGGGACUCACCUUGCUUUUUGCUCGAUGGCUUUUUGCUCAGCGGCUGCCUGGAAGGUGCCGGAAGGUGGUCCCGCCCCCAAAACUCGGAUCCAAUCAAUGCGCUACCCACUUGGAGCGCAUAUUCAAACCCACUUGGAGCGCAUUUGGAGCGCAUUUUCUGCCCGAGCGCAUAUUCAAACCCACUUGGUUCAACAAUUUCAAAGGUACGGAGCUAAUAUAUUUAUAUUUUUUGGGCCGGCUAAUGUUGUGGUAAUGUUAUUUCAACCUGCUAGCUAGCAGAUAGAUUAUGCUAAUCUUAGCUGUGGUAAUGUCAUUUCAACCUGCUAGCGAGCUAAAUCUGGUUAAAACAUUAGGUAACAAAGUAAGAUUAAUUACUGUAGAUUAAUCACUGUAUUUUAGUGAUUGUUAAUGGUUAGUGGUUAUCUUUCAAAUGAUGCCUGUGAGGCACUUGACGUUGAGACUGGUUGACUUCCAGGCUGCUUUGGAAUAAGGAUACCUCUGAGGCAGCCACCAGUUUUUGGAUAACUCUGAGGCAUCAUAGGUAGUGUUGACUGCCAGGCUGCCUAGUCGUUGGUAUACAGGUUAACUCACAGGCAUCCAGUUGGUUUUAGAUACCUGUAAGGCAUCUAGACGGACAUUAAGAGGGAUUACUAAUAGUUUACUCAAGGGCAGAUGGUGAUUAUAAGGACUUUUGUUGAAAAUAACUUGAUUUCUUAGAGGCUAAUAGGCUUUAUAAUAGACUACAGGUGACUUUGUGACAGCCAGUGGAGAGGAAUCUAGGCAUGGUGGAUUAAAGUUGUGCUCCAGACUGCUUAACACUGACCAUCUAGCCUAUAGUUCAGGUCAUCACAAGAUAAAAUAGUUUAGUAUGUGUGUCUCAGGGAGUCAUAGGCUUAUGUUUUCAUACUUUUUCCCCGUUCAGGCAAUGGAGAAGCAUUGGCUGAAGUCAAUUGAAGAUGGCUUAAAGAAGGAAAGGGACCGAAGAAUCAAGCAAUCCUUUGAAAAUCUUGAAGAGAAUAUUCCUGAGGAAGUUUUCAUGAGGAAUCGCCUUGAUAGGAUAAAUGAAAUGGAAAAAGGAAGAUUCCUUUAUUAAAAAAAAGACCAAAUGUCAUUCAGUGGAGGUGUGAGCGAUCCCACCAUGCAACCGGAUCGUCAACAGGAGAUCCAAUGAAGACAAGGGCAAAUUCUUGUCCAGCGUAUGUGUCCUUUCAGUUCGUAAGCUCAGUCAGUUUUCGAGGUUGUAUUGUCAGAGAAAUGUGCGAACACAGUGGCCAUGACCUCACUAAUAUGGAAGAAAAUGCAACCAAUCGCAUCAAUGAGGAUUUGGUUGAAUUCAUUCACGACUGUAUUUCCAAAGGGGUCUCUAAUAGUGCCAUUCUAUUGAAAGCCACAGACUGGUCACAGAGGCUUGGAAAGACCAACCUUGUGGACAGAACAUACUUUGUCACUCCAGAGGACAUUGUCGGAAUCAGAAGAAGCUUCAACAAAUACAUACAUUUGGAUGGCAAUGACUGUAUAUCAGUGGAAAAACUCAUGAAGGCUGACCUGAAAGACAGUGUUUUACUGUAUCAACCACUGUCACAUAGUGAAGAACAACCCCUCAUCAUUGUCUACAGUUCAGCAUGGCAACUUGAGCAGCUGAAAAAAUUUGGAGGGAAGAUGAUUUUUUUGGAUGCAACCUAUAAAAGUGUCACCCAGUAUGGCUUUGCUUUUUAUGCUGUCAUGGUAAAAAAUGAUGAGGGCAAAGGAAUACCUGUGUCAUUUUUUAUUUUGAGUCAAGAGACAUCCUCAACCUUAGAGAUGUGUCUUACAAAGCUUAAAGAGGCAGCAGAUCUCACACCAAGGUAAGCAAUUAAAAAAACUCCUGUAAAAGACUUCCCUUUCUUGUUGAAAACAUACUUCAAUUGUUAUUUACACUCUGCAAAGCCACAUCACUAUCGUCUUACAUUUUAUUAUGAUUUCAUUGAGCUUACUGUCCUGUUUCCAUUCCCAGGUGUGUUAUGGUUGACCGGGAUCAGAAAGAAAUCAAGGCAAUCAAGACUGUCUUUCCACAUGCAUCUGUGUUGCUUUGCUGGUUUCAUGUACUUCAGGCAAUCCACCGUUGGGUUGUUAAACAAGAUGGAGGCCAUGUCCAAGAUCCAGCUGUGAGAAACAUCAUCGUUCAAGGAAUAUUUUCUCUCAAGCAAUGUCGCACAGAGAGAGUAUUCCAUGAAACUGCUAAGAGAGUCCUUGAACAAAUCAAGACAGCAACAGGGGCGACCAGAGUGUCAAAAUACCUCAGAGAGACCUGGCUGCAGUGUGGGGCUAUGUGGGCCAACUUUGGCCGAAUGUUUUUCCACCACCAAAGUGAGACCAACAAUGUUGUGGAGAGGUUUUUCAACGGAUUGAAAUACAAUUUCCUUGGAGGAUAUUGCAACAAAAGAUUGGAUGACCUACUACUAAUCCUCCAUAACCAUGUGGUGAAGUACUACAGCCAACUUGAUGAGCUCGUUAAUGCUGGUCGAGCCCCCACAAAAGGAUCCCAAGAAAGUGUCAUAUCAGCUGAAAGGAUGAGGUCUCAUGGGCUCGACCAAAACAUCCAGUAUUUGUCUGAGGCCCGCUUCAGUGUACCCUCAGAAAGCAAGCCUGAUGUGUUUUAUGAAGUUGACUUACUGUACAGUGUUUGCCAGUGUCCAGUCAAUGGACAAGGUCAGAAAUGUAAACACAUAGUGUUAGCUCAGAUGGUGUCUGAUGGUCUGAUUGACACAGCUGCACUCAGAGAAGACACAGCAAAUAUGCUAUGUGCAACCAACAGUUUUGUGAGUGAUGAGACAACAGUGAUGGUGCAAAAUGGAGAAAAUGUGGGUAUUGUGAAUCUUGCAAAACAGCAGUGUUCUUGCUUGGCAAGCAGUUAUGGGGAAGUAUGUGUGUGUCUGUUGGUGGCCAACAAAAUUAGUGAAUCAACACUGUCAACCACUGCCUCACAGCCAACCACAACUGUGGACCAGGAAAAUAUAGAAACAGAGAGUGAGCCACCAGUUCACCAGGCAAAAUACUGCAUAAAGGACAUGAUUUAUGAUUUGAGGAAUUGGUGUGAGUCAGAGGAGUAUCAGCCAUCACUUGACCUUUAUACAGCAGUGAAACAUACACACCAGCUCGCCUUUGGCCGCUUCAAAACGGUCUUUAACAAAAGAAAGACUGAGCGACUGCACAAAUACAGGAAACACAUUGAACUUAGCAAAAGACGAAUUGCAAACUAUUCAAAGACAGACCACAACAAGCGGCAGAUACAAACUGUCCAUCACGACGGGGCAUUUAAGCGCAGGCGAAGACAGCGAACCCGUAACUAGUCUUUCCCCAGUUUUCCGACCUGUCCCACACUGCCCCAAUAAAAUAUUUAGAUAAUAUUUAUAGUGUAUUAAAUUCUGCCAUCCUUAGUGCUUAGUAAACUAAGCUGUUUGCGUGUGAAAUUUUGUUUUUACCAUUUUACUGUGUGUAUGAGGGUUGUACUUGGCCUUUAUUUUCAAUAAAGAAUAUGUCACACCCCAUCA